GACCCUACACUGGCUGAGAUGGGGAAGAACUUGAAGGAGGCCAUGAAGAUGUUGGAGCACAGUCAGAGAAGAACAGAGGAGGAAAAUGGAAAGAAGCUGGUAUCAGGAGAUAUUCCGGGGCCGCUCCAAGGCAGUGGACAAGAUAUGGUGAGCAUCCUCCAGCUAGUUCAGAAUCUGAUGCACGGAGAGGAAGAGGAGGAGUCCCAGAGCCCCCGAAUCCAGAAUAUUGGAGAACAAGGUCAUAUAGCUUUGUUGGGGCAUAGUCUGGGAGCUUAUAUUUCAACUCUGGACAAAGAGAAGCUCAGAAAACUCACAACUAGGAUACUAUCAGACACUACUUUGUGGCUGUGCAGGAUUUUCAGGUAUGAAAACGGCUGCGCUUAUUUCCACGAAGAGGAAAGAGAAGGACUGGCAAAGAUCUGUAGGCUUGCUCUUCACUCUUGUUACGAAGACUUCGUAGUGGACGGCUUCAACGUGCUGUAUAACAAGAAGCCUGUUAUAUACCUUAGUGCUGCUGCUAGGCCUGGCCUGGGCCAGUACCUUUGUAAUCAGCUCGGCUUGCCCUUCCCCUGCCUGUGCCGCGUGCCCUGUAACACUAUGUUUGGAUCCCAGCACCAGAUGGAUGUUGCCUUCUUGGAGAAACUGAUUAAAGAGGAUCUAGAACGAGGAAAACUGCCCCUUUUGCUUGUAGCGAAUGCCGGAACCGCGGCAGUAGGGCACACAGAUAAGAUCGGGCGUUUGAAAGAACUCUGCGAGCAGUAUGGCAUAUGGCUGCACGUGGAGGGAUGGUGGCGUCUCGUCCACCCGAGGCUGUGGUCUGAUAGAGGAGAUUGGGGUGGAGGAUACCCGGCAGCCACGGUGGUCUGUACUCAGCAGGCCAUGCGGACUUUAGUUGCCGGUCUUACAUCAAACAAGCCAGCAGAUAAGCUCCGUGCCCUGCCGCUGUGGUUGUCUUUACAGUACUUGGGGCUUGAUGGGAUUGUGGAGAGGAUUAAGCACGCCUGCCAGCUGAGUCAACGGUUACAAGAGAGUUUGAAGAAAGUGAACCACAUCAAAAUCUUGGUGGAAGAUGAGCUCAGCUCUCCAGUAGUGGUGUUCAGAUUUUUCCAGGAAUUACCAGGCUCAGAUCCAGUGCCGACAGCUGUCCCGGUGCCUAACAUGGCACCUUCAACGGUCGGCAGGGAGAGACAUUCCUGUGAUGCUCUGAACCGCUGGCUGGGAGAGCAGCUGAAGCAGCUGGUGCCUGCAAGCGGCCUCACCGUCAUGGACCUGGAAGUGGAGGGUGUGUGCAUUCGGUUCAGCCCCUUGACGACAGCAGCAGUUUUAGGAACUCGGGGAGAGGACGUGGAUCAGCUGGUAGCCUGCAUCCAGAGCAAGCUGCCGGUCCUGACCUGCACGCUGCAGCUGCGGGAGGAGUUCAAGCAGGAGGUGACAGGGACCGCGGGCCUCUUAUACGUCGAUGACCCCAACUGGCCCGGAAUAGGGGUUGUCAGGUAUGAACAUGCUAAUGAUGAUAAGAGCAGUUUGAAAUUAGAUCCGGAAGGGGAAAAAAUCCAUGCUGGACUCCUGAAAAAGUUAAAUGAACUGGAAUCCGACCUUACAUUUAAAAUGGGCCCGGAGUACAAAAGCAUGAAGAGCUGUAUUUACGUUGGGAUGGCAAGCGACGACGUGGACAUUUCUGAACUGGUGGAGACCAUUGCGGUCACAGCCCGAGAAAUCGAGGAAAACUCAAGGCUUCUGGAAAACAUGACGGAGGUGGUUCGGAAAGGGAUUCAGGAAGCUCAGGUUCAGCUGCAGAAGGCAAACGAGGAGCGGCUGCUGGAAGAGGGGGUGCUGCGGCAGAUCCCUGUCGUGGGAUCCGUACUCAAUUGGUUUUCUCCGGUACAAGCUUCACAGAAGGGAAGAACCUUCAAUUUAACGGCAGGCUCCCUGGAGUCCACGGAACACACGUACGUCUACAAGGCGCAAGGCGCGGGGGUCACGCCGCCGCAGACGCCCUCGGGCACUCGCGCCAAGCAGAGACUUCCAGGCCAGAAGCCUUUUAAGAGGUCUCUGAGAGGUUCCGAUGCUCUGAGCGAGACCAGCUCAGUCAGUCACGUUGAAGACUUAGAAAAGCUGGAGCAUCUGUCCGGGGCGCCGGAGCCAGAUGGCCUGGAGCCUAGCGGCCCCGAGCGACACCCUGGGGCUCCCCCUCCGCAGGAGGCCGAGCGGACGGGGGCCUUCCAGAACGGGGCCCAGCGCCCGGAAGAUGACCGUCCACAGGUAGAAGAACCGGAGAGCUUAAGAUAA